GUGACAAAAAACUUGCACAUUUCACAAGUGAAAAAAGUGCAAGAUGCUGUUGGUGCCUUCAGACUCCUUGUGUGGUUUUGGGACCCAUCAGGCCCAGGGGACAUCCAUUGCCAACAAAUCACACAAAGCGUCUGAAGGAAUAUAGAUUUUUCUACCAAAAACUUAAAAAGGCAGGCCUGUGGAUAAGAGAAGAAUAUUUGCAAAGAAAACAGGAGUUAGGGUGUCACAUUCAUGAUGUAAGGGAAGGGAUGCCCUGGUGUGUUGUUGAGGAUGUGAGGAAACGAUGGCCAAAUCCUCCUCACAUUCCAUAUAUGGGUCACAAGCGUGCAUGAUUAUUUCAUAAUACAUCAUGAUCUCAGUAUAUCUCAGUAUUACAUCAGAAGAGAAAACAACUGCAAGUAGGAGACUAAAA